UUACGUCAUUUAUACGAGACGCAGCUUCACUCCAUCGCAGGCAAACAAGCUGCGUUGUUUUGAAGAAUGGCGACCUCUAAGAAGGGGAAGAAAGUUGUAAAUCAGGAGGAACUUCGGCGCUUGAUGAGAGAGAAACAAAGGCAAACAACGGACAAGAAGCGCGUCGAGUCUCCUUUCGCUAAAUACAACAGUCUGGGUCAUCUCAGCUGCGUCCUGUGCAAUGUGCAGGUGAAGUCGGAACUGCUGUGGCCAGCUCAUGUUCUGGGGAAGCAGCACAAAGAGAAAGUUGCAGAGCUGAAGGAAGCGAAGAGUCAACCGGUAACACCGCAGAGUCAACCAGCAAAGAGGAAAGCUCCCGACAACGACGACGUAAACGGGAAAAAGGCGAAACCGUCCUCGGCUGCGGGCCAGUCUGCGUCAGGACUGCCGGGAGACUUCUUUGAGAAACCCGCCGAAAAGCAAGCUGUGCAUGCUCAAAAGUCUGCGGGUCUGAGUCUGUUGGCUGGAGUUUAUGAUGAGGACGACGCUGAUGCAGAAGAUGCCGCAGAGGAAGGUCAGGCAGGGAGCACAAACCCCCCUCCUCAAAAGGGUGAAGCUGCAGGGCUGCCAAGUGAUUUCUUUGACAGCUCCAUCCCAUCCACACCCGCCAUCUCCCACUCAGGAUCCAUCCUCAAAGCAGAAGUGCAGGAGAAAAGCACAGAGAAGAAAGAUAACACAGCCGAGGCACUGCCGGAGGGCUUCUUCGAUGAUCCCGUAAGAGAUGCCAAAGUGCGCAAAGUCGACGCCCCCAAAGAUCAGAUGGACAAGGAGUGGGAAGAGUUUCAAAAGGAGAUCCGACAGGUGAACACGAAAUCAGAGGCCAUCGUGGCGGAGGACGACGAGGAGGGUCGCCUUGAACGUCAGAUUGAUGAAAUCGAUGAACAAAUUGAGUGCUACAAGAGGGUGGAGGUACUGAGAGACAAGCGGGAUGUGGUGAAGAGCAAGCCUCUGCGCAGGAAGGAUGAACAUAUGGAGACAGAUGCCAGCCAUGAGGAGGAGGAGGAGGAAGAGGAGGAUGAAGAAGAGCUGCUGGGGCUUUUGUCCCGGGACUGGAGGGCUAAAGGGGCUCUGGCCUAAGUUUCUGUAAAGCUCAUCAUAUCAGUGAGAAAGAAGCCAUGUGUGACUGACCUGAGUUUUGUCCAGAAUGCUGAUAUAAACAGGUCUAAAGAGGAGGAUUGUUUUUGUCUGUCAGCAACUGUAAAUAUGUUUUGUCUUUACCACAUCAUUUGUAUAUUUCAGACAGGUUUAAAUGUGAUGCAACGGUGAAAAAACAUUGGAAGAUAAAGUUUCUCAGUUCAUGACUUAAAACACCAGAUGGACCACAAAUCAAACCUUUUUAAUUGUGUGUUUUAUUCAUUGGUGCUCACACAAAAACACAUUCAUAAAAUCCCCCAUGUACAGUAGCAGCAUGGAUCAAAAAUCUAUGUCAUGAUGGCCAAAGCUGUUACAUUUCGAGCUCAACUAACAAAUUGUCCUGCAAAAACAAGUAGUCGACUAUGUUAGGUUUAUAAAUAAUCGGUUCAUGUUACAUUAUAAGCAACAUGCAAAGCACAACAGAUUUUUUAAAAAAUGUACAAGGUUGAGAGUAAGACCGUAAAGUAAAUUUUACCAACCCGACCCUUCACGAGAUAAUUUGUUUUGAAUACAUUUUUACAUAAUACAGCAAUAUUUGAGUAUGACAAAUCUGUUAUGUAAAUACACCGUUAUUAGGCCCAUAAAAAUGGAAUAAAAUGAAUCAAGUAAA